AUGGCAUCGGCGCCAGCCCCACUCACACAUGGCAAAGAUGAACUCCUCAACUCCGUCGCACAAUUGAACGGUCGAGUCUUCGACACUGAUCCUGUGGUCACGUACAUGCUUCUUGACAUGUCACAGGAAGAGCGCUUAGCCUAUCUACCCACAUACUGGUCCACGCUAGUCAAGUCAGCUUUGCUCAAUGAUGCAGUUAUCACCGAGGCGGAUGGGUGGAAGGCCGCUUCUGUAAUCAUUCCACCGGGGAGAUAUGUUGAUAACGCCUGGAAGCUGAUAUAUGCCGGCUUUUUGUGCGUCUUGUGGCGAAUUGGGUUCCCAGGCCUCAAGCGUCUCUGGACGGAAUUCUCCGGUAUGACGGAUGAUGCAAAAAAGAAGGGCCUGCGCGGUCAGAAGCGGUACUACUAUAUUUUUAGCCUUGGGACGGAGCAUGAGCAUCGGGGGAAAGGCCUCGCGAAACUUAUUAUGCGUGAACAUCAAGAUAUGGCUCAGGCUGAGAAUGUGCCAAUUUGGCUUGAGGCUACGAGCCCAAAUUCCCGGAAUCUAUAUCUCUCCUUGGGGUUUCAGGAAAUCGAGAAAAUUAUUCUUGGAAAAGGCAAAGUUGAUGCAGAUGCUAAUAGACAGGUCGGGGGCUCUGGGAUACCCCUCUAUGCCAUGGUGUGGUGGCCAGAAAAGCCUGGCGCUACAGCUUGA